CAAAACUCCAUCGCGGUCUCUCGCUCAACCCCCAUAAACGAGUUUCAAAACCCCAACAAAGCCCACAAAACACACAACACAACACUUCACAGAGAGAGAGAGAGAGAAGAAUCGAAGCCCUCUCACCUCAUCAAUCGAACCCUGCAACCAUGUAUGGAGGAGAUGAAGUAUCCGCCAUAGUCAUAGACUUGGGUUCUCACACCUGUAAAGCCGGUUACGCUGGCGAAGAUGCCCCCAAAGCCGUCUUUCCAUCUGUUGUUGGAUCAAUUGAUCAAAUGGAUGUUGAUGACCCUGGUAACCCAGAAAAGAACUCUGGAUCUAUUCCAGAUUCUAAGAAUGUUGUUAGAACUUUUGACUCAGAGAAAUCCAAGGGAAAAAACAAACUUUAUGUAGGAUCUCAAGCCUUGGGAUUCCGCCGGGAUCAUAUGGAGGUGCUGUCACCCAUAAAGGAUGGAGUUGUUGUUGACUGGGAUAUAGUUGAGAGCAUCUGGGACCAUGCUUUCAGGGAAUGUCUACUGGUUGAUCCCAAAGAACAUCCAAUGCUACUAGCUGAACCAUCUUCAAACAGUCAACAACAAAGAGAAAAGACAGCAGAGCUUAUGUUUGAAAAAUACAAAGUCCCUGCCCUAUUUUUGGCCAAGAAUGCUGUUCUCACAUCUUUUGCAUCUGGACGGGCUACCUCUUUGGUUGUUGACAGUGGUGGAGGCUCAACUACCAUCGCCCCUGUACAUGAUGGUUAUGUUCUCCAAAAGGCUGUGCAAUCUUCGCCAAUUGGAGGAGAAUUUCUUACUGAUUGCUUGAUGAAAAGUUUGGAAAGCAAAGGCCUCACUAUAAAACCAAGAUAUUCUUUUAAAAGAAAGGAAAUACGACCCGGAGAGUUUCAGACAGUGGAUCUUGAUUUGCCAAACACAACAGAAAGUUACAAACUGUUCUCCCAGAGGGUUAUUGUCAGUGAUAUUAAGGAAUGUGUGUGUCGAGCACCAGACACUCCUUAUGAUGAGAGUGCAUAUUCAAACAUUCCAAUGACACCAUAUGAGCUUCCUGAUGGGCAGACAAUAGAAAUUGGAGCUGACAGAUUCAAGAUUCCUGAUGUACUGUUCAACCCAACUUUGGUUCAGACUAUUCCUGGUAUGGAAAGUUCCGCAGAGACUGCUGCUUCUGUUCGUGGCUUGCCACAAAUGGUUAUAGAGAGCAUUAAUAAGUGUGACGUGGAUAUUCGGAGAGAACUGUUUAGUAGUAUAUUGCUUUCUGGUGGCACGGCAUCAAUGCAACAGUUAAAGGAACGUCUUGAGAAAGACUUGCUAGAGGAGUCUCCUCAAGCAGCUAGAGUUAAAGUAUUGGCAAGCGGAAAUGCAACAGAAAGGAGAUUCAGUGUUUGGAUAGGAGGGAGUAUAUUAGCAUCUCUUGGUUCGUUUCAGCAGAUGUGGUUUUCAAAGUCUGAGUACGAAGAGCAUGGGGCAUCUUACAUUCAAAGGAAGUGCCCUUAAUAUGCCAUAUUUCCGACUCAAUAUCAAGCAAAGAGGUGGUCGGAUAAGGGAUUCUGCAGAGCCCUAUAUUCAUGCAAUGAUUUGAUUUUUGGUUUAUUGAGCUGUUAAUCUGUGCCCGAUUUAAGUUAUAUUCAGACUCGUAUGGAUUCAAAUCACUUGGAUGUCUCACUAUUGAUCUGCACUAAAUUAUACUCUGUACAAGUAGUUUCUUAGUUUAUUCUGCACCCAACUGUUUGUAUCCUUGGGGGCAACUGUCCCUCUUUCUAACUCCUAUUUAAAGGAUCAUGUUAAUGACCAUCCAAUGGUUGUCAUCAAUCAAAGGUUUAGAUAAUGACAAAAUAGUUAGAUUUUCAAUGCA